AUGGGUUCGGUGGCGAAAUCCACCGGGCCUUUUCACACUACACUGGUCCAAGCAGGUGCCGUCGAUCUCGGGCCCCAGACCGAUCCCCACAGCUCCUGGUACUACCCGAUUGAUGCCGACGCUCAGCCUCCUCGCUCCGACGAGGCACUGCUCAAGCUACUGCACGUGGAGGCCGGAUUUGAUGACGUCCGCCCGGAUGUCUUGGAGUACUUGCGGAUGGAUGGAGAUAACGGCAGCCUCAAAGACGCCGAAGACGCCAUCAUGAACGAACUGGAGAAGGAGCUGGUGAUUCACACUUACCUCCGGGAGCCAGUUCUCGUCGAGAUCCUGCGUCGGGUACUCUGUCUCCAGAUCCUGGACGAGGUGGAGUUGUUGCGGCAUGUCCCUGAAGAGUACUUCGAGAAGGGUGUCGCCCGGGCCCGGGAGUGUAACUGGGCCGUCGGUGUUGAACGUCCUUGGCCCCACAUCCCCACCGAGCGCCCGGACUCCCCAGAGCACUCCGACGACGAUGAAGAUGCUUCGGGAGAUGAGCGCAAGCCCCGGAGUUCCGAGGCACAGAAGACACCUCGGCGUAAGCGUUCCAGGGGCUCUAGCGUCUCUGGGAAGAAGUCUCACCAAACGAAGGCCCCCAUUGAUUACUCGUCGGGCGUCUCUACGGAAGAAGAGAAUCUCCCGGUACGUUACGAGCGCCUGGUGCAGACCGAUGACAUGGGUCCCGAGGAUGCGCACACGCCCACUCGCACUGCCGUGUCCUGGGUGGUUUAUGAGAUCCGGGUCUGUGCUGCUAGUGGUAGCACCGAGCGGCAGAUCCGGGGCUUUCCGGACAUCAAGUGCUUUCCCAAGGAGACCAAGGCGGCCCAAGCUUGGUUCCGGCCCGAAGAUUACAACGACUUCCUGAACGGCUCGGCUCCCGGAGACGUGAUGCCCUGGGACGCCAUGUUCGCCGAGAGGAUUACGGUGUUCUGGUUCUUCGAGGGCCCCAUCAGCCCGGGGCUCGGUGCUGUCCUCAAGGUCUACGUUACGCACAUGUUCGUCUGGCGACGGGCCCACUGGGAGCGACUCCAUUGGAUCGAAAUGAACCGCGCCGAGCUCUCGCACCAGCAGCUCUACAUCGCACGUCGUGAACUCCAGAAGGCGUGGUCCAAUGCGCGAGUCGAGGUGAAGAGAGAGAUCAAGAAACUCCCUGAGCACGAGCGCAAGGUAUUCCUGACCGAGCCCGGUCUUUGGCGUCGCCCCCGGAAGGUGGCAGCCUGGAUCCCCACGGACCCUUCGACUCGCCACUCGCUGCCAGAUCAAGUCCGGAUCCUGGACGCCCGCGAGCCGACGCGUGUUUACUGGGGGCGGCCCGGGGCUGAGGAACAUCUCGCAAGCAGCGUGUAUCCGCGGACUUGGGGCUCUCACGUGGCUGAUCCUGCUCGGCGCUUGGCCAUCCCGGGUCCUGCGGAUGUGGACUAG